AUGCGACGAGAGCUUUUGGGUUUCGGGCUAGCGAACGAGGGUCAGUUGGGGAUUCGGCCGAAUAUCGAUCAUGGAUGCGUUCGAAUGCCCGAACAUAUUGUGGGUGUUCCUCAAUGUGCAAACGAGGGUGCUUCUGUUAAACAGGUGGCUUGUGGCGAAAAACAUACGAUAAUCUUGGCUGAGGAUGGGAAAAUGUGGUCAGUGGGGCACAACGGAUUUGGGCAAAUUGGACGAGGGCGAGUCGGCGAGGGAAGCUUGACAAUAUACCCAGUUGAAUACUCGAUUGGUAGUCCAAUUAUAGAGGUUGCUUGUGGCCGAGAGCACAGUGUUUGCGUGACUGACGAUGGUCGAGUUUUCUCCUGGGGAAAUAAUAUAUCAGGUCAACUCGGGCUCAACGAUAAAGGAACUGUGGAGAAACCAAAACGGGUCGAAUUCAACACUCAAAUUUGUCAAGUCGCUUGCGGUCCCGACCACACAAUCUUUCUUGCACAAAAUGGAAAUGUUUAUGUUUGCGGCCUUCAAUAUGACGGUGCGACGAUCCACAAACCCACUCAAAUAACCGAUCUAAUUGGGGUUCCGAUAGUUAGAAUUGCCGCCGGUGGAAGACAUUGGGUGGCGCUUUCAUCCAGCGGUUCCGUCUUCACUUGGGGUCAAAACGAUUGCGGACAACUUGGCACUGGAGAUCAGACAAGACGGGGCACGCCAGGUCUUUUACUAAACAUCAGCAGUAUGGGUGUCGUCGACGUUUCUUGCGGAGAUGCACACACCGUUCUUUUAACAAAGUGCGUUUCUGUGUUCAAUUCA